AUGGGGGACCAUGUUGGACGUUACAUGCAGCACUCGAGGUUAAGGAAACGUCAUCAUAUGCGUUUUAUGAAACCAGCACAUCAAGAAUAUGGUCGCUUCACUGCUAGAAUGAGACGAGUAACUGGUCACCGACGACGGAAGCCAUGGUCACGACCAAUAAUCAUGAGCGGCUGCAGAAGUCAAUGCAACGAAACGUGCGCUCCUGCUCACCAAUGCAAAUUGGCCUGCAAUGAAAGCUGUAUUGCCGCACGGGAUCCUCAGCUAUGUAAACGCAACUGCUUCGUUAAUGGAUGUGAAGUCAGUGACUGCUUGGGCUGCAUGCAAUCGUGCUUUAAUGAGACCCGAGCCUGUCGGGCCAAUCGUUGCUCCUUUGUAUGUCCGUUGUCACAGCCGCUGCAUAAGUCGUUUCGCUUCUUCUUCUGCAGGGCGUGCCUGAAGCUGAAUUGUCAAGCUGAAACGGAAAGGGUGUUCGGGCCACCACCAACUGAAGAAGAUACUCAGGAAGAGGGAGGACAAGAGGGACAAGGGGGGGAAGAGGAAGAAGAGGAAGACGACGAUGAUGAUGACGACGAUGACGAAGAUGAUGAUGACGAAGAUGAUGACGAAGAUAAUGACGACGAUGAUGACGAAGAUGAUGACGACGAUGAUGACGACGAAGAUGACGACGACGAAGAGGAGGGAGCAGAGGGAGAAGAAAUGAGCACAGAAAAUCGAUUGUUGGAUUUGAUAUGA